GAGGUAAUACUAUUCAUUCAAGGAACGUCUAUCGUGAAACAUGUCGCUCUCUAAAAUAGUGUUUCUUCUUUUUCUGUUAACAAAUGGUAGGAAUUGUGAAGAACCUCGCUGUUCUAAAUAUGAUUUUGAGGAAAAGAUGCUGGAAAAAAUGGUACGCAUAGAGUUUCAAAUGGAGAGACUGAAACUUGAGGUAGAGCAAUGUGUUAAAAGUGUUGAAACAUAUCAAGACGGAAGUUAGCGAUCAAAUGAAAGCAAAUCAACAAGAACUUGCAAAUGGUUUUAAGAUCAGUAUGGUAGAAGUCAGUAAUGUCACAUCGGCAGUUAAGGCAAAGCUUAUUGAACUUCAAGAUACUGUAACACCAACUGUUGCAUUUAAGGCAAGAUUGAAUUCGAGUACUGCAGGGGUGAUAGGUCAGGCAAUAGUGUUUCCAGUAUUAAUCUUCAAAGAAGGAGAUGCGUAUAACCCAAAUACCGGACAAUUUACAGCACCCAUCAGUGGGGUGUACAUGUUCAGUUUAGCUUUCUGUGUUUAUCCAGAGAAGAACUUAAUUAUAAGUAUAAUGGUUGAAAGAACAAGAUAUUCAACGUCAUUGUUCAGAGGUGAUGCUGGCUAUGGAUGUUCAUCUGCUGAUACAGUUGCGAUAGUGACGGCCGGACAGAAGGUAUGGGUUGAGGUUGUUGGCGGUCAUACUGGCACUAAUAUAUAUCACGGUGAUUCAUACCGGUGGAAUACAUUCUCUGGGGCAUUGAUAAAUAGGAAGAUUUAAUUCUGGCAAUUGUAUACCAAUAGUGAGUAGAUGAAAGUCAAAGCGUACAUGAAAUGUUAUUUUGUAAGAUCUACAUGUAAUCCAAAACCAAAAUUAUUAGCGCUAAAAUUAUGCAGAAUUUAUUGUUAUUGUUGCAAUAGGUCGUAACACUGAUUAAUUAGACUUAGCGAUGUAAAUUUUUAACUUUACAAGGUACAUUUCACCUUUUUGUUGCUAUUUAAUUACUUUCUUUUGGUAUAAAAUAUAUUCAAAUUAUUGUUAAAUACAAAUCGCUGUUAUAGUGAUAAUUUGAAGUCAGAUGUUUCGUUAUUUGUAUUUGCAUGUAAUAUAUCUUAUACAAAUAAAACAUAACAGUAGCUUUUGUCUCGAGAAAUGCUUGAUCUUUUCUUUGUUUUGAUAAGGAUUGAAUUCAAAACGACGCUUUGGAUAAGCCAAGAUAUUGGAGAUUUUAAUAUGUUUAUAUUUUCUUUUAAACAACGUAUUGCUGACUGUUUGUAACAAAAUUGGUCUGACGACAUCCAUUCCUCUACUAGAUGUGAUACAUAUACUCAUUUAAAUCUUUAUUGAAUGUUGAACAAUAUUUAACUGUGGAACUGCCAUUUCUUUUUAGGAAAUCUCUUGCGCGUUUCACAUGUUCAAAUCAUAGGUUAAACAUAGAAAUUGGGCGCCAUUAUGGUAUUGAGAGAUCAGAUAGAAUAUGUCCAUACUGUUUUAUUAAUAGUAACCGUUUAGUUAUUGAAAAUGAAUAUCGUGCCUUUUUUAUUUGCCCCAAGUUUGAUAGUAUAAGACAACAAAAUCUGUUUAAAUUGUAUAAGGGAAGACUAGAACCAGUUAAUUUCUCAUACUUAAUGAAAACCGAACAUCAUCCUACAUUAAAAAGUUUAGCAUUGUAUGUAACCAAACUUAUGACUAAUAUUGAUAAGAAUUGAUUGGUUUCAAAUCUUUUUUUCUAGACAAUUACAUGAAUGUCUAUUUUAUAGUGUUUCAUAACAAAAGUCUGAUUUUCUUUUUUUUCAUGCAUUAAUAGGACUAGAUUUUGUAUAUUUUUUUUUUUUCAUUUUCGGAACUUGAUACUACGUGUUUUACAUUAAGGGUUGUGGUAAUAUGUAUAUUCUCUACCUUGUUGUAUAAUGUUAAAAAUUAUGGAAUAUGCUACUAUUUUGUAUUUCAUAACUUGUGACACAAUCAGAUGUAUAUGUAUCUUUCUGUUAUUAUAAUUAUUGUGUAUUUAUUUGAGCCAAUGGCCUAGCAUUACAUUACAAUA